UAGAGAAGGGCAAAGCGAAAAAGGGAAAGUUAGAUUUGCAAAGUUAUAAGUUUAUGCUUUCCAUUAUGGUGUAAUCUCCUCAGAGAAACACCUUUUUUAUAAUUUGCACCAAAGCUCUUGCUCUAGAAGGACCAUCAACUUCUAUAUAGAUAGGUGUGAGGGUGGAAGAGAGGGAGAAGAAGAGAAGAAGGAAGAGAGAAAGCUAGAGAAAGAUAUCUUAAGAAAGUUAUGUCAACAACUUCCCCAGCUAUUAUUAACCACAGCUUAUGCGAGGACCAGAAUGAGAUAAUGCCUGCACAAAUGGGUUUUGUUCCUUUCCCAAUAACAAACAUGUCCUUCCCUCCUUUGGAUUGCAAUCAAUCUUUGAAGGCCUUCAGUUCCAUAGCUUCUUCACUUGCAUCUGAAGGAGACUCUACAUCAAAUCUAACAGUAGAAACCCUACUUGCAACCACUGCUCUAAAAUCAAGAUCAGAACAUCAAUACCUCACUUCUAGCUUUGGAGGACCUCAAUUCCUAUCCUUGCACAGAUCAAGUGUGAAUCCAUGGGCAUUGGGAGAAGUAACUAAUGAUUGCUUCAGCAAUAAAAGAAGUGGAGUAGAUGAUCAUCAUCUAAGGAUUUCUGCCAUGAAGAUGAAGAAAAUCAAGGGAAGAAGGAAAGUGAGAGAGCCUAGGUUUUGCUUCAAGACCUUGAGCGAGGUGGAUGUGUUGGAUGAUGGCUACAAGUGGAGGAAGUAUGGACAGAAAGUGGUGAAGAACACACAACACCCCAGGAGCUACUACCGUUGCACACAAGACAAUUGUCGUGUAAAAAAACGUGUAGAGCGCUUAGCAGAGGAUCCAAGGAUGGUGAUAACAACAUAUGAAGGGAGACACGCACAUUCUCCAUCAAAUGAUCUUGAAGACUCUCAAUCUCCAUCUGAAUUUACCAAUUUCUUAUGGUAGUACGUGGACACCAACAUAAUAUAUAUUUACAUAAAUGUAUAUGUCUGAUCCAAAAUGGUGUGCUUUGUAGAGAUGAAAAUGGAAUUAAUUAAUAAUAAAAAUAAUCAAUAGAGGAAGGUGUGUGAAGAUUGACAAUGUAUAUAUACAUGUGCUCUUCUCCAUUCACUCCUCCAAUUUUCAUCACUUCCAAGCACACCAUAAGACUGUGUUUUCAAUUUCUGUGGCUGUCGGUGUGGCAAUAUCUUGGUGCAACCAAAUUUCUAGUUUAAUACCAUGCAUUUAGUCUUUGUACGUGUGUCUCAUUAUAAACUAGCUAAUAAUACAAUUUGUAAGUUGCCCUAAUUUUCUACUGGGCUUCUGCUUUAA